GCAUGGAACUAUCUUUUGAGUACGGCAAGUUGUAGCGGGCACCGCUGACUGUGUUUUCCUUUGGGGCACUUCUUACAUGGAAGCUAAGUUUAGUUUCUUCUGAAGUGAACCGCUUCGCCUCCCUAUCUCGUCCUCCUGAAUAAGAAAGCAGCCGCCAAGCAUCAGCGGAGCCCCGAUGAGCCGGGACUGCGGAGCGGCUUAGCAGUCUCCCGGGACCCAGCUCCAGAGGAGCCGCAAGCAUGCACCCUGGAUUGUGGCUGCUCCUGAUUACGUUGUGCCUGACCGAGGAACUGGCAGGAGCGGGAGAGAAGAAGUCCCUUGGAAAGCCAUGUGGGGGCCAAGACUGCAGUGGAGGCUGUAAAUGCAUUCCUGAGAAAGGAGGCAGAGGGCAACCGGGACCAAUUGGAAUUCAAGGUCCAACAGGUCCUCAAGGAAUUCCUGGCCCUAGUGGUUUAUCAGGGUUGAAAGGGGAAAGGGGCUCCCCAGGCCCUCUGGGAUCAUAUGGACCAAAAGGAGAUAAGGGGCCCAUGGGAGUUCCUGGUUUUCUUGGCAUCAAUGGGAUUCCGGGCCACCCUGGACAACCGGGACCCAGAGGCCCACCUGGCCUGGAUGGCUGUAAUGGAACUCAGGGAGCUGUUGGAUUUCCAGGCCCUGAUGGCUAUCCUGGACUUCUCGGACUACCCGGGCUUCCUGGUCAGAAAGGCUCUAAAGGUGAACCUGUCCUUGCCCAAGGUGGUUUGAAAGGAGUGAAGGGGAAACCUGGCCUGCCUGGACUGGCUGGAAUUGCUGGCCCACAAGGAGCACCCGGAUCUCUAGGAGCUGCAGGACCCAUGGGGCCAUCAGGAUUGGAAGGUCCUCCAGGACCCCCUGGCUUCCUUGGUCCUGAUGGGAAUAUGGGGUUAGGUUUCCAAGGAGAGAAAGGAGUCAAGGGGGAUGUUGGCCUUCCUGGCCCUGCAGGACCCCCACCAUCUACUGGGGAGCUGGAAUUUAUGGGAUUUCCCAAAGGGAAAAAAGGAUCCAAGGGUGAACCAGGGCUUCAAGGCUUUCCAGGAAUAAGCGGCCCUCCAGGCUUCCCAGGAUUUGGAACUGCUGGAGAAAAGGGAGAAAAAGGAAUCCCUGGUUUGCCAGGACCUAGGGGUCCCACGGGUUUAGAAGGAGCCCAAGGCCCUCCAGGGAGUCAGGGCAAAAAAGGGUCCUCAGGUUUUCCAGGGCUUAAAGGAUUCCCAGGAAUUAAGGGUGAAAAGGGUGGCGUUGGCCUGCCAGGCCCAGAUGUUCUCAUUGAUACAGAUGGUGCUGUGAUCUCAGGUUAUCCUGGAGACCCCGGUAUGCCAGGCCUCCCAGGCCUUAAAGGAGAUGAAGGCAUCCAGGGCCUGCCUGGCCCUCCUGGCAGCUCUGGCUUACCAGCUUUACCAGGUGUCCGAGGUGCCCUAGGGCCCCAGGGAGUUCCAGGUAUGAAGGGGUACCAAGGAAACCCAGGCCACUCCACAGUUGGGGCAACUGGUCUCCCGGGAAGAGAUGGUUUUCAAGGCCUACCAGGCCUACCAGGCCUGCCUGGUCCAGCAUUUGACACUGGAACCCUACAGAACACAGAGCCAGGGUUCCCUGGUCUCCGAGGAGAACGAGGUCCAAAAGGACACCCAGGCCUCAAAGGAAUAAAAGGGGACUCAGGGUUUUGUGCUUGUGAUGGUGGUGCCCCCAACACUGGACCACCCGGGGAGCUGGGGCUGCCUGGGCCACCAGGUCUCGUGGGCCUUCCAGGCAUUAAAGGAACCAGAGGAGAUCCAGGCUCUGGGGGUACACAGGGCCCUUCAGGGGCUCCAGGUUUAUUUGGACCUCAAGGUCCCGCAGGCCCCAAAGGAGAGAAAGGGGACCCAACCAUCACUACAGAAUCAGGGAUGCCAGGGGAGCAGGGUGAUCUUGGCUCCCAGGGACUCCCUGGUCCAAUAGGAGCUCCGGGCAAGGCUGGAAUACCAGGUUUCCCAGGUCUGCCAGGCCUUCCGGGUGAUGGUGGACCGGGCUUCCCAGGUGAAAAGGGGUUUCCAGGACCUCCUGGUGAAAAAGGCCAUAGUGGUCCAACUGGCCCCCCAGGAAUUGGGCUACCAGGAUCUCCUGGACCUCGUGGGCUUCCUGGAGAUCAAGGCAUCAAUGGAUUACCAGGGCAACAAGGCCUCCCUGGGCGUCCAGGUGACUGCUGCUGCAGGAAGAAGGUUGGUGAAGGAGACUUAGACCCAGAGGGAGGGAUCACCUUGCCUUGUAUUAUUCCUGGGUCAUAUGGUCCAUCAGGAUUCCCAGGAGCUCCCGGAUUCCCAGGCCCUAAAGGGGUUUAUGGUCUCCCUGGGAGUCCUGGCCAACCUGGAUCACGUGGUAAUAAAGGAAAGCCCGGAAGUCCAGGAUUGGUUCACCUCCCUGAAUUGCCAGGAUUUCCUGGACUCCAUGGAGAGCAGGGCUUGCCAGGGUUUCUUGGGCUCCCCGGAAAAGAUGGCUUGCCUGGGGAAGGUGGAAGUCCAGGCUUACCAGGUUCCAAGGGAGCCCCUGGUGACAUCCUUGGUGCUGAAAAUGGUGCUCCAGGGAAGCAAGGCCUACCAGGGUUGCCAGGGGACAGAGGAUUUUCUGGAGAUACUGGCCUUCCAGGAUCCAAGGGUUUGCUUGGGAAGUCGGGCUUGCUUGGCCCCAAAGGUGAGCGGGGCAGGCCUGGAACACCAGGCCACAUGGGCCCUCCAGGCACUCCAGGGUCUGGUGGUCUAUUCGGCGUCAAGGGCAAACCCGGACUCCCAGGAGCACCAGGCUUUCCAGGCACUUCAGGCUGUGCAGGACAUCCUGGAAAGAAAGGUCCAAGAGGAGAGACAGGUCCCCCUGCACCACCUGGAAAGGGAGGUCUGCCUGGCCUGAAAGGCCUUCCUGGAUCUCCAGGGCUAAUUGGCUUCCUGGGGAACUCAGGCUUGCCAGGAGGCGCUGGGUUGCCAGGCCUGCCGGGUCCAAAGGGUGAGAAGGGGUCUGUUGGACCAACAGGCUUUUCAGGCAUGCCAGGUGUCCCUGGAAUUCCUGGUGUGAGUGGAUUAAAGGGAAUCCCUGGGUCAGAAGGAAGAAUGGGGCCAUCUGGACUGGCUGGUAGGCCUGGUGAAAAAGGAGACAGAGGCAACCCAGGGUUACUUGGAAUACCCAGUCCCAGACCUCCAAUGCUGAAACUUCAGUUCAAAGGAGACAAAGGCUCUUGGGGCUCAGCUGGAUCUGACGGAUUUCCUGGGCCCAGAGGUGACAAAGGAGAGGCUGGCUUCCCUGGGCCACCAGGCUUGCCUGGACCUCCUGGCUUCCCCAGCACCGUCAAGGGACUUAUUGGGAGACCAGGCCCCCCUGGCUCCACAGGACUCCGGGGCUUACCUGGCCUGAAGGGGUCCCCUGGAAUCACAGGUUUCCCAGGAAUACCAGGAGAAAGUGGUUCACAGGGUCUCAAUGGAGCACCGGGGCUCCCAGGAGCAUCUGGUCUCCCAGGUUUAAAAGGAGAUCAAGGCCAGACUCUUGGAAUUUCUGGUAGUCCGGGACCCAAGGGACAACCUGGGGAGUCUGGUUUUCAAGGUGUGAAAGGAAAAGGUGGACCAGUUGGUGAUGCGGGUUUUCCAGGAAACAAAGGUGAAGAUGGAAAAGUUGGUAUUUCUGGAGAUACUGGCCUUCCUGGCUCCCCAGGACUGCCCGGGAUUCCAGGCAUGAGAGGAAAUCCAGGACUUCCAGGUCCUCCAGGCCAUCCAGGGGCAACUGGGCCCCUGGGACCCCCUGGCUUAACAGGAACCAAAGGUUUUCCUGGAUAUCCUGGUUUACAUGGACUGAAUGGGCUUCCAGGAACGAAGGGGACCCAUGGAAAUCCAGGACCUAGUAUAACCGGUGUGCCUGGGCCAGCUGGCCUGCCUGGUCCUAAAGGGGAAAAAGGUUCUCCAGGAAUUGACAUCGGACCUCCAGGGAAGCCAGGCAUGAGAGGACAAAAAGGAGGCCAAGGUUUCCCAGGUCUCCAAGGCCCUGCCGGUCUCCCCGGUGCCCCAGGCCUCUCCUUGCCCUCAGUCAUAGCAGGACAGCCUGGUGACCCUGGGCGGCCAGGCCUGGAUGGAGAACGAGGCCGCCCAGGCCCCCCGGGACCCUCAGGCCCCCCUGGGCCAUCCUCAGAUCAAGGCGACCCUGGAGACCCUGGCUUCCCUGGAAUUCCUGGCCCUCAAGGGCCCAAGGGAGACCAAGGAAUUCCUGGUUUCUCUGGCCUUCCUGGAGAGCUAGGGCUGAAAGGCAUGAGAGGUGAGCCUGGCUUCAUGGGGAUUCCAGGCAAGGUUGGGCUGCCUGGAGACCCAGGAUUUCCCGGGAUUAAGGGGAAGGCAGGGCCAAGAGGCUCUUCUGGCCCCCAAGGUGCUCCUGGACAAACACCAGUUGCGGAAGCUGUCCAGGUGCCUCCUGGACCCAUGGGUCUACCAGGCAUCGAUGGCAUUCCUGGCCUCACAGGGGACUCUGGGGUUCAAGGCCUUGUAGGCCUGCAAGGCUCCAAGGGUUUACCUGGCAUUCCUGGCAAAGACGGCCUCAGCGGACUCUCCGGCCCACCUGGGGCUCUUGGUGAUCCUGGUCUCCUUGGACUACAAGGCCCUCCAGGAUUUGAAGGAGCUCGUGGAAAGCAGGGCCCCUUUGGGAGGGCUGGACUGCCUGGGCAGAGUGUGAGAGUGGGCUACACCUUGGUGAAACACAGCCAGUCAGAACAGGUGCCCCUGUGCCCCGUCGGGAUGAGCCAGCUGUGGGUGGGUUACAGUUUGCUGUUUGUGGAAGGGCAGGAGAAAGCCCACAACCAGGACCUGGGGUUUGCUGGCUCCUGCCUGCCCCGCUUCAGCACCAUGCCAUUCAUCUACUGCAACAUCAACGAAGUGUGCCACUAUGCCAGGCGCAAUGAUAAAUCCUACUGGCUCUCCACCACUGCUCCCAUUCCUAUGAUGCCCGUCGGCCAGACCCAGAUUCCACAGUACAUCAGCCGCUGCUCUGUGUGUGAGGCACCCUCGCAAGCUAUUGCUGUGCACAGCCAGGACAUCACCAUCCCGCAGUGUCCACUGGGCUGGAGCAGCCUCUGGAUCGGGUACUCCUUCCUUAUGCACACCGCCGCCGGCGCGGAGGGAGGGGGCCAGUCCCUGGUCUCCCCCGGCUCCUGCCUGGAGGAUUUUCGCGCCACUCCUUUCAUCGAGUGCAGUGGUGCCCGAGGCACCUGCCACUACUUUGCCAACAAGUACAGUUUCUGGUUGACGACAGUGGAGGAGAGGCAGCAAUUCUGGGAGGAGCCAGUAUCUGAAACACUGAAAGCAGGGCAGCUCCACACCCGGGUUAGCCGCUGCCAGGUGUGUAUGAAAAGCCUGUAGGGUAGCACCUGCCUCUGACCCUUGCCCUCCCCUCCCCCACAAUGGUCACCUCACGAACCCAAAUGGUCUGAAAAAGGAAGGCUUAAGUGCUUUUGCCCACCUGUCAAGUUGUGCAUUGCAGUCUCAUUUGGGCUGGACUACUACUGCACACUAGUCACACCAAUCCUCAGAACCAAUGGGUUGGGUGGGCCCAUGGGCCCAUCCCACCCCACCCCACCCUGCUAAGAUCUGCUAUCCCAUUUCAGUCCAUCUGGUGCUACGGUUCAACUCAGAUGUUGGUGUAACUAUUCAUGGCUACCUCAGAAAGACCUGCUGGGCCACCCCUUUCUUAGACCUAGCCUUCCUCACUGUCUUGAUCAGAAAGCUCUUCAGAAUAGCUGAUAUCAUUUCUUACUGGCCAGAGGUCACCACCACAUUAUUUGGCUUAAACCAGAACCCAGUGUUACCUACAUUAAAACUGACAAAAAAAAAAUUCUCUGGCUAAAUAUUCACAGAUGGCUCAAGCCUGCAUAGUGAAAGUUUGCACUCUUCAAGAAGGCUCACUGUGUCUAGGCAGGCAGCAUAGCUGGAAAGAGGUGCUAGUCAGUAGCCCGGGUGAACUUCAACUCUUUCCAGAGUGAGCAGACUGGGCCCUGUAUUGCUUAAGGAGGGACUCAUUAACUUCACACGGUCCUAGACAAAUCACUUCCUCCUUGCUGGCUCCUUUCCCAGCCAGAGACUUACAACGUGGCCCUGAGUAGGGUGGAGGAUGCAUCAAAUGUGGCCAGGCACACAAAGGGAAAUGAGAACCACAAUCCUUUCUCUCAGGCCAGGGGUAGAGGGGUGGAUGGGUAAGGAGGUGUGAAUUCUGCUUUUGACUCCAGGAACAAAAAGAUCCCUUGUCCCAAUUUCUCAGAAGAUCCUGUUUAUUCUAAAUGCCAUCCAGAUGUGUGCAAUCUGGCAAACUGAAGCUACAAUGUGUUGGUUCCUUUGCAUUUUUGAGGCUGUUAGAGACUUCCCAUUAAAGUGUCCAUCUAACUGCUCUUUCACAGGUAGCCUGUUAAAGGAUUUUAAUAUAUUUUUAAAAGCUCAUAAAAAUCUUGCACACUCCUCUCUUUAGCAGUUAGCCGGCCUAAAGCAGGCCUAAGCUGACUAUAAAGUGUAUUGUAUUCUGUUUGGGGGAUUUGUUUUAACCAUUUCCUCUAAUUAUCAAUUUCCCAGAACACUAAGCUAUGUUGUCAUGAGGCAAUUCCUUCCAGGUGAUUCUGUUUCCUUAAAUAUUAUGUAAACUGUGCCAAACAGACAAAGCAUAAUCAGUAUAACCUGCAUUACUGUUACCUUCACUUCCUGAGUAAUAAGCAUGGUGUUAGCUUUGUACAUCACGAAUAAAAGGAAUUAAAUAUGAACGUUUGACUCUUUUGACAUUCUUUGAUGAAAACUUUGGUCUGAAGUCCUUCUCAUUGCAAUUCAUGAGUCCUUCUCAGAGCCAUGGGGGUUCCUGUUAUUAUAAGUUGAAAUUCAUAACAGAAAUGGAGGCAGGAAAAACUAUAAUUAAAGUCAAAGGGCAGAAAGAAUCCUUUAACAGGCACAAAUCAAUAUAAGCCUACAACUGCUUUUAGCCCCAUCACAUGCUAGAGUUCAAGAGAGGAAUUUCCAUACUUCUGGGGUCUGAGGGUCAUCUACAGAUAAAUCACAAGUAGAAAAAUGUUAAAGUCACCAAAAUCAAACAUACAGGUAUAUAUGCAUAUAUUUUUAUAUACAUAAAAUAUAUCCUCUGGAAGGAUAAACAAGAAAUUAAUAACCUUUGGAGUAUUCAGGGAAGGGAACUAACCUGUGGGGAGGGAGAGCCAUUUCACUGAAUACCAUUUGUACCUUUUGAAUUUUGAACCACUGGAAUAUAUUAUCUACUGGGAAAAAAAGAAAAAAAUAGAAUUUAAGGGAACAGAUAUUCUAUUAUUCUUAUAUAUACAAAAAAAUAACCUGUUUGGUGCUAGCUUUCAAACCACAGUUGUUGGCCUUCCUCAGGACUUAGUUGAGGAUGGAGGUGUAAUGCAUGC